GAUAAUACCGUGUACACCCUUGUGCCGUGUUCAGAGUCGUCACGUCACUCUCUCACUCUAAUUCGUAGGAUUAGUUUAGGGGACGCGAAUUUUGUGUGUUUAUUCGAUCUUUUGCUGCUCGUUCGGGCAUUAACGCAAACACUUUAGAUACAUUUGGUCUUGGAAGCAAUGAAGUAUGUUUUGGUCACUGGCGGCGUGGUAAGUGGCCUGGGCAAAGGCGUCACUGCCAGCAGCAUAGGCGUUGUCCUCAAGGCCUGCGGCCUUCGUGUCACUUCCAUCAAAAUUGAUCCGUACUUGAACACGGACGCCGGUACCAUGUCUCCAUUUGAACAUGGGGAGGUUUUUGUUCUUGAUGACGGUGGUGAGGUUGAUUUAGACUUGGGAAACUAUGAACGUUUCCUAGAUGUGACACUUACAAGAGAUAACAACAUUACAACUGGGAAAAUAUACCAGUCUGUCCUGGAGAAGGAACGUAGAGGUGAUUAUCUUGGAAAGACCGUUCAGGUUGUUCCACACAUCACUGAUGCCAUUAAGAAUUGGAUAGAAUCAGUUGCUGUCAUUCCAGUAGAUGGGAAAGAGGGACCAGCAGAUGUUUGUGUUAUAGAAUUGGGAGGGACUAUUGGUGACAUUGAGUCAAUGCCCUUCAUAGAGGCUCUACGACAGUUGUCCUUUUCUGUUGGCCACGAUAACUUCUGUCUUGUUCAUGUGAGCCUCAUACCAGUAUUGGGUGUUGUUGGGGAGCAAAAAACAAAGCCUACACAACACAGUGUUCGGGAACUUAGAGCAUUGGGCUUGACUCCUCAUUUGUUAGCAUGCCGCUCUUCUCAGCCUCUACUGGAAACUACGAAGGAUAAACUCUCUCAAUUUUGCCAUGUUCCAGCUGGUAAUAUUCUAAAUAUCCAUGAUGUUCCAAACAUUUGGCACGUUCCUCUCUUGCUUAGGGGUCAAAAUGCUCAUAAUUCAAUCCUUAGACAACUAAACUUACUCAGUAUUUCUACACCACCUGAUUUAAGAGAAUGGACGAAGAUGGCAGAGACUUAUGAUAAUCUCACUGAUUCGGUGAGGAUUGCAUUGGUCGGGAAGUAUGUUGGUCUUACAGACUCAUAUCUAUCUGUUGUGAAGGCCCUUCUUCAUGCUUGCAUUGCAUGUUCUCUAAAGCCAUCGAUUGACUGGAUUGCAGCUUCUGAGCUGGAAGAUGAUUGUGCCGAAAUGACACCAGAAGUACAUGCCCGUGCAUGGGAGACCCUUAAGAAUGCAGCAUGUGUCUUGGUACCUGGGGGUUUUGGUGAUCGGGGCUUGAAAGGCAUGAUAUUGGCAGCAAAGUAUGCUAGGCAGAACAAGGUUCCUUAUCUUGGGAUUUGCUUGGGCAUGCAGAUUUCCGUGAUUGAGUUUGCUAGAACAGUUUUGGGCAUGGAAAGGGCAAACAGCAUGGAGUUUGACAAUUCAGAUUCAUCUCACCACGUUGUAAUUUUUAUGCCUGAGGGUUCAACAACACACAAAGGAAACACAAUGAGACUAGGAUCUCGGAGAACAUUGUUGCAGACGCCUGAUUGUAUUACUUCGAAGCUGUACCAUAACUCAGAGUAUGUGGAUGAACGACAUCGACACAGAUACGAGGUAAAUCCAGAAAUUAUUGGAAUUCUUGAAGAAGUUGGGCUAAAGUUUGUUGGGAAGGACGAAAGUGGAAAACGAAUGGAGAUUUUGGAGCUUCCGAAUCAUCCAUUCUACGUCGGAGUGCAGUUUCACCCGGAAUUCAAGUCGCGGCCGGCGAGACCCUCCCCACUAUUCUUGGGUCUUAUAUUGGCAGGAAUAGGGAAGUUGGAAACGUAUCUUAAAACACAUGGAAACAGAAGUUGAUGUUUAGCUACCUCUUCUCUUCUGUCUUAAUUUUUCAAUUGUAAUUUUUUUUAAAUGGAGGGGAGGGUUCAUGGGAAUGGUGUUUACCAAGUGGAUUUUUUUUUGGUUGGUUUAAGCUUUCAUUUAUUUAUGGUACUCCUUUGGUUUGAAAUUAACACCCCAUUAGAUUUAUGUUUUUCUUUGAUUUAUACCCUUUUAAAGUAAUACACUUUAUUAUAUUUUA